UCAAGCAACAUGGAACGCCCAAAGCGUGGCUUCCGCGAAGACUCCGCUAUCUUGGCGAUCAAUUCCGUACAACAGCCGGUGCUGCUGAAGAGAAGUUCACAGCAGCUUAAAGGAUGACUUCUUCAGAUCUGGAACAGUUAUGCUCUCACAUUAAUGAAAAGAUUGGCAGUAUUAAAAAAAUUCUGUCUUUAAGAAACUGUGGCCAAGAACCUACCUUGAAGACUACAUUAAAUAAAAUAGGAGAUGAAGUCAUCAUAGUCAAUGAACUUCUAAAUAAACUGGAAUUGGAAAUUCAGUAUCAGGAACAAACCAACAAUUCACUCAAGGAACUCUGUGAAUCUCUUGAAGAAGAUUAUAAAAAUGUGCAACAUCUCAAAGAAAACAUUCCUCCCCAUUUGCCUCAUGUAACAGUGACCCAGAGCAAUGUUAAAAAAUCAGAUCUUAACCCUGAAGAACCAGUCAAAGUUGAGGAGACUGUACCCACAAAGAAGCCCCCAAAAGAACAAAGAAAUAUUAAAGAAAUUCCAAUUUUAACUUCUGAUGAGUUUAAUGGUGUGCCUGCAUACAUGAAAUCCCGCUUAACCUAUUGUCAAAUUAACGAUGUUAUUAAAGAAAUCAACAAGGCAGUAGUUAGUAAAUAUAAGAUCCUACAUCAACCAAAAAAGGCUAUGAAUUCUGUGGCCAGAAAUCUCUAUCACAGAUUUAUUGAUGAAGAAACAAAGGAUACCAAAGGUCAUUAUUUUAUAGUGGAAGCUGACAUAAAGGAGUUUACGGCUUUGAAAGUUGACAAGAGGUUUCACGUGAUGCUGAAUAUUUUACGACACUGCCGGAGGCUAUCAGAGAUCCGAGGGCAGGGACUUACCCGUUAUGUCAUAACCUGAGGCCCUUGUGAGCCCCUUGAACCAACCGACAGUAUAAAGGCUACUCCCAUAUUUUGUUUAUAUAUAAUUCCUUCAGCAUUUUCAUUUUCUUUUGU